AAAAUAAAACAAACAAAUUGCAGAGGCACGACAGAAGUACCAUAAAUAGGACUCCAAAAUCAGCAAAGUCUGACCAAAAUCCCAACCUCAGAUUCUCUCAAUCUAAACAUAGCCUUAAUAAAAGCCUCUCCUCGUUUCCUCCGUUCUCUGAAAACCAUAUCUCCUUGAUUCCCUCUCUCUCUUUCUCUCUAAAAAGAAUCUCCGCCGUGUUUUUGAAUUUUACCAGGUAAAAAAACAAACAUGGUGGCCGAAAAAGAAGAGGGUACGAAGAGCCUAGUAUUCACGUACGGGACGCUGAAACGAGGUUUCUCCAACCACACCCUAAUGCAGGACCUCAUCCGAACCGGAGACGCCACCUUCGUCUCCACCUGUCGCACCGCAGAGAACUACCCGCUCGUUUGCGGGCCGUACCGGGUCCCGUUCCUGCUCAACAUGGCCGGGUCGGGUCAGCCUGUGAUGGGCGAGCUGUACGCCGUGUCGGCUUCGGGUUUGGCGAGGUUGGACGAGUUGGAGGGCACCACUCGGGGACACUACGAGAGGCUGUCUAUAACGGUGGAGCUAGAUAACGGUGACGGAGAUGAUGGAUCGUGCGGCGGCGAGGGGGUAACGUGCGCGGAGGCUUACUAUGCGCACAGGAGCUACGCGGCGGAGAUGUGGAAGAGAAAUGGGAUGAAGGGGUUGACUGUGUAUUCCGAGAAAGAAGCCAAAGGGUAUGUGAAGCGGAAAGAUAGGCCUCACAACCUUACUUUCUUAGAUCACAUUCAACUCUUUCUUCAUUCCCAAGAUUGAUAUGAUAUCAUGAAUAAAAAUUAUGCUGUAGUGUUACUUGAUUAGAUUAUAAUCUCUCAAUCUUUGCCAGAAAACAAAUCCCAAAAAUAAAAAAUGUUUACAAUUACCUA